UCCUCUCCUCCCCUUCUCGUUCGCUCCUCUCUCUCUUCUCUUUCUCUCUCUUUCACUCACUCCUACUCUUCCUCUCGCACACACAUUCACCCUCCCUUGUCAAAUUACAAUAUCAGCAGCAGCAAGACAUCAGCGUGUGUGUGUGCGCGCGUGUGUAUUUUCCACUCUCUUUCCACCGGCAAAAAAACAAAAACAAAAACAAAAAACAAAAAGAGAGAGAGAGAGAAAGAGAGAGAGAGGCUCAGUUCCAUCGCUUUUUGCACUGAGGUCCCGGGAUUCUUGAGCUGUGCCCAGCUGACGAGCUUUUGAAGAUGGCACAAUAACAGUCCAGUGAUGCCUGACCAUGACAGCACAGCCCUCUUAAGCAGGCAAACCAAGAGAAGAAGAGUUGACAUUGGAGUGAAAAGGACGGUAGGGACAGCAUCUGCAUUUUUUGCUAAGGCAAGAGCAACGUUUUUUAGUGCCAUGAAUCCCCAAGGUUCCGAGCAGGAUGUUGAGUAUUCAGUGGUGCAGCAUGCAGAUGGGGAAAAGUCAAAUGUACUCCGCAAGCUGCUGAAGAGGGCGAACUCGUAUGAAGAUGCCAUGAUGCCUUUUCCAGGAGCAACCAUAAUUUCCCAGCUGUUGAAAAAUAACAUGAACAAAAAUGGUGGCACAGAGCCCAGUUUCCAAGCCAGCGGUCUCUCCAGUACAGGCUCAGAAGUACAUCAGGAGGAUAUAUGCAGCAACUCUUCAAGAGACAGCCCCCCAGAGUGUCUUUCCCCUUUUGGCAGGCCUACUAUGAGCCAGUUUGAUAUGGAUCGGUUAUGUGAUGAGCACCUGAGAGCUAAACGCGCCCGGGUUGAGAAUAUAAUUCGGGGUAUGAGCCAUUCCCCUAGUGUGGCAUUAAGGGGCAAUGAAAAUGAGAGAGAGAUGGCUCCGCAGUCUGUAAGUCCCCGAGAAAGUUACCGAGAAAACAAACGCAAGCAAAAGCUGCCUCAACAGCAGCAGCAGAGUUUCCAGCAGCUGGUUUCAGCUCGAAAAGAACAGAAGCGAGAGGAGCGCCGACAGCUGAAACAGCAGCUGGAGGACAUGCAGAAACAGCUGCGCCAGCUGCAGGAAAAGUUCUACCAAAUCUAUGACAGCACUGAUUCUGAAAAUGAUGAAGAUGGUAACCUGUCUGAAGACAGCAUGCAUUCAGAAAUCCUGGACGUGAGGGCCCAGGACUCGGUGGGAAGGUCAGAUAACGAGAUGUGUGAGUUGGACCCAGGGCAGUUUAUUGACCGGGCCAGGGCCCUAAUUAGGGAGCAAGAGAUAGCUGAAAACAAGCCGAAAAGAGAGGGCAAUAAAGAGAGAGACCAGGGGCCAAACUCUUUACAUUCAGAAGGCAAGCACUUGGCCGAGACCUUAAAACAGGAACUGAAUACUGCCAUGUCACAAGUGGUGGACACUGUGGUGAAAGUCUUUUCAUCCAAACCCUCCCGCCAGCUUCCUCAGGUCUUCCCACCUCUUCAGAUCCCUCAGGCAAGAUUUGCAGUCAAUGGGGAAAACCAUAACUUCCACACCGCCAACCAGCGCCUACAGUGCUUUGGUGAUGUCAUCAUUCCAAACCCCCUGGACACCUUUGGCACCAUGCAGAUGCCAAGCUCCACAGACCAAACAGAAGCACUGCCCCUAGUUGUUCGCAAAAACUCGUCUGACCAAUCUGCCUCUGGCCCACCGGCUGGUGGCCACCAUCAGUCUCUGCACCAGUCUCCACUUUCCACCACCACAGGCUUCACCACCUCUUCUUUCCGCCAUCCUUUCCCUCUCCCAUUGAUGGCCUACCCAUUUCAGAAUCCAUUAGGUGCUCCCUCUGCCUCCUUUCCUGGGAAAGACAGAGCCUCCCCAGAAUCCUUAGACUUAACUAGGGAGACAGCAAGUCUGAGGACCAAGAUGUCAUCCCAUCACAUGAACCACCACCCUUGUUCACCAGCACAUCCGCCCAGCACAGCUGAAGGUCUCUCCUUAUCUCUCAUAAAAUCUGAGUGUGGUGAUCUCCAAGAUAUGUCUGAUAUUUCACCUUUUUCCGGAAGUGCAAUGCAGGAAGGACUGUCACCUAAUCACUUGAAAAAAGCAAAGCUCAUGUUCUUUUAUACUCGCUAUCCCAGCUCCAACAUGCUGAAGACCUACUUCUCAGAUGUGAAGUUCAACAGAUGCAUUACCUCUCAGCUCAUCAAGUGGUUUAGCAAUUUCCGUGAGUUUUACUACAUUCAGAUGGAGAAGUAUGCACGUCAAGCCAUCAACGAUGGGGUCACAAGUACUGAAGAGCUGUCUAUAACCAGAGACUGUGAGCUGUAUCGUGCUCUGAACAUGCACUACAAUAAGGCAAAUGACUUUGAGGUUCCAGAGAGAUUCCUGGAAGUCGCACAGAUCACAUUACGAGAGUUUUUCAAUGCCAUUAUCGCGGGCAAAGAUGUUGAUCCUUCCUGGAAGAAGGCCAUAUACAAGGUCAUCUGCAAGCUGGAUAGUGAAGUCCCUGAGAUUUUCAAAUCCCCGAACUGCCUACAAGAGCUUCUUCAUGAAUAG